CCGCACGCCCCGGUCCGACAGCAAACCCGCUCCGCCCUGCAGUUCCAGCGCCGCGAGGGGUCGGCGCUGCAACUAGCGUAACCGGCUGUCGUGCGGCCCGGCGGCGGGCAGGGCUGCGGCCCCGCCAUGCGCCCGCUGCUCGGCCUCCUCCUGGUCUUCGCCGGCUGCACGUUCGCCCUGUAUUUGCUGUCCACGCAGCUGCCCCGAGGCCGGAGACCCGGCUCGGCGGAGGAGCCUGACGGCAGGUCACUGUGGUUCCCUUCGGACCUAGCAGAGCUGCAGGAACUCUCCGAAGUCCUUCAAGAGUACCGGAAGGAGCACCAGGCCUAUGUGUUCCUGCUCUUCUGCAGCGCCUACCUCUACAAACAGGGCUUUGCCAUCCCUGGCUCCAGCUUCCUGAACGUUUUGGCGGGUGCCUUGUUUGGGCCAUGGCUGGGCCUUCUGCUGUGCUGUGUGCUCACCUCAGUGGGUGCCUCGUGCUGCUACCUGCUCUCCAGUGUUUUUGGAAAGCAGCUGGUAAUCUCCUAUUUUCCGGAUAAAGUGGCCCUGCUACAGAGGAAGGUGGAGGGCAACAGAGACAGCUUGUUCUUCUUCUUACUGUUUCUGAGACUCUUCCCCAUGACACCAAACUGGUUCUUGAACCUCUCGGCCCCGAUUCUGAACAUUCCCAUCGUGCAGUUCUUCUUCUCAGUCCUUAUCGGUUUGAUCCCGUACAAUUUCAUCUGUGUGCAGACGGGCUCCAUCCUGUCAACCCUCACCUCCCUGAAUGCUCUCUUCUCCUGGGAAACGGUCUUGAAGCUCUUGGCCAUUGCCCUAGUGGCCUUAGUCCCUGGAACUCUCAUUAAAAAAUUCAGCCCGAAGCACCUGCAAUUAAAUGAGAAGGGUCGCACAGAGAGUAGAAAAGACACGUGAUCAGGAUUUCCCCUUUGCCUCUUCCCUGAAGUCCGCUACUGAUUUGCAUAAGGGAUGUGGUUCAAAGACCCUCAUUGUUCCUGGACACCAUUCAUCUGUGCGUGGUGUCCUGUUGUGACGGGAGCUGUGCUCUAGCAGGUGGAUUGUACCAGGGCUUAUUCCACAAAGAACUCAGGAUGGCCGGUCGGGUUCGCCUCUUGCCGACUGCCUUGGGAGAAGAUGUUUGUCCUUGGAGAGCACCUCCUGCAAAGCGACAGGCUGUGUGACAGUGCUCAAGUCAAUAGUGUCAGGCUGACCCUGAGCCCACCUCCCUGAUGCGGCUCUUCACCCUCUGUCAGUCUCCUGGGGAGUGUCUGUUCUGUGCUUUUUUGCUGGUGAGCUACCUCUUCCAUAAACCAAGGGAAUCCAGUUGAUGCACUACCUAGCACUUCCACCUAGAGCUCAAAUGCACAGUGACUUCUGCAGUGUUCUUAUGUUCAGUCACCUGAUGUCUGCGUAUGUCACAUCUCUUGUAUGCUAUGACAGUUAAGCUGACUGCAAACAGAUUAUUAAAUAUUAAUGGAAUAAAUUCUUUUUCUUAUGGAUAUGUCCUGGAGAGGGCAGGGCCCUGGACAGGGUGAAUCCAGUGACCAUCUGUAUGUUUUCUGCUGUGUCCUUUCUGUGUCCCUUCUACCUCUUCCUGCUAGGAGAGUGAUUCCGUGUACUAGGCUACCAGCCAGUGUCCCCAGUGAAUGUUUUCCGUUUUGUUAUUUGCUGAGAACGAAGAAUAGUUGUUUCUUUUUUUUUUAAAUUCAAAGAGGCAGACUUGGGCUGAUUACUUGGUUGUGCUGCAUUGUAAUUACCUAAAACUGUCAUUACUUCCUGUAACUGUAGGGUUGGUUUGGUACAGGACUGGGUCAUGGCCUUUAAGGACAGAUGGACCUGGUAGCUGAACAGAGUGGCUUUGUGACCCUGUACCCUCAUCACAGCUUACCAGACCCUUACCCUUGGGCAUCAUCUGCUGGGUUUGUUAUUUCAGUUAGCCAAGAACCUUGCCAAGGCUCUAACCUAGGUCUCUUAUUCUAUAUGAAUUCUUGGGACUAACCAUGUUCCACAGGAAGGCUCCCAGGUAGUAUUUUUUGGACACAGUAGGACUCUUGUACAACAAAAAUUUCAUUAAAAGUGUUCUGGAGAGGGGAGGGGAGAGGAGAGAGCUCCCCACACUGGUGCAAAUGUGUGUCCCUUGUCCCUUUUCAGGACCCUUAGAUUUGUCCUUUUCCUUCUUGCAUGGUUUUCCAAAAAUGUGCCUUAUUGUUUAUGAGUUUACAGGUAAAGCAGUUUCCCAAAUAAAUGGAUGUAAACAUCCUGUGUUAAA